AUGAAUAGAUUAUUUGUUUCAAAUUUAUUAAAGAUUAAUAAAUCUAUAACUUCUUUUAAUUAUAAACCAAUAGUUAGAACAUCAUUGUUUAUAUCAUCACCCUUAAAGAAUAAAACGACAAUUUUCAAUGUUUGUAAUAAUAAUAAUACUACUAUAGUUAAAAAUUAUUGUAGUAGUAGUGACAGUAAUAAUGAUAAUGUUAUAAAAUCAAAGAAUAAAUACUCAUUCGACGAAUUAUUGGAUGGUGGUAGAUGUGGUGUGGAAGAUCCACGUAUCAUGGAUGCCUUCUAUAAGAUCAUGGAAUUGGAGUUCCACGAGGAUUUCGACGAGGCGAUUUCAAUAGGUGAACGAAUGGUAGACAGAUUUCCAAAUUCAUUCGAUGCACACGUUACACUGGCACGGCUAUUGUUGGAUCACAAGAACGACGCUGCCUCUGCUUAUGACCUGGCGAAGCAUGCAUUCGACCAAGGAUUAGAGCCGUUUCAUCACGCUUGUUGGACCGAUGCUCUGGAGCUGAUGGGUCGCUCGUUGCAAACAAUGAAUCGCCGACAUGAAGCGAUUGUUGUCUACCAAGAGUUGCUCGAUUACUGUGAGCGUGAGUACGAAACGUCUGGUAUCGGUCAAUUGCCACUGCUGGUGCGUCGUGACAUCUACAAAACGAUGGCAUUGGAUUGGGAGAAGAAUCGAGAUAGUCUUCUAUCGAGUCAGAGAGUACUCAAGAGCAUCGAGUCGAGUGACGCAAGACAAUGGGAACCAAUGGAUGCAAUGUUUCUCGGUGUCUGUGAAUUCCACUUGGGAAACAAAGAGGAAUCACUUAAAUAUCUGAAUAAAGGGCUCGACAACUAUAUAAAAGAUGACUACGAUUCGCAAACCGAUCAAGAAUUAGCAAUAUAUAAUACCGCACAAAAGUUAAGAGAUGAACUUCAGUCAAAAUGA